GACGCUCCCAGUACAAAGUGUAAGUUUCAAUUUUUUUUAUCCCCCCCUCGGCCAACUCUCCCAAUAUUGUGGGGAGAAGUGGGAGCGAAGUCGGGGGGGAGGGGGGUUGGGGAAAGCGAGUCCGGCCCCCGAGCUGCCGGAAUCUACUCCCCUCCCCCGUGAUCUCUCCCCUCCUUCUUGGGAGCGCGGGGGCUGCAGCGGCGGGGCCGCGAGCUGCCCCGCUCCCCAUCUCCAGCUCCCCCCCUCCACCUCCAACCCGUCUUCCCCCCCGCGGUGCGGGCGCCAGGACCCGGGCAAACCAGAAGAUUAUUGUUUCUUCUCUGGAGAGUGAACAUCUAAAGAAUUGAUUUCAAGGAUCUGGUAACAUGGCAAAAGAUGCCGGCUUAAUUGAAGCAAAUGGAGAGCUAAAGGUUUUUAUAGACCAAAACCUCAGUCCUGGAAAAGGAGUUGUUUCAUUAGUAGCUGUUCAUCCUUCUACUGUUAGCGCUGUCGGGAAGCAACUCUUGCCAAAAACUUUUGGGCAGUCUAAUGUCAACAUUACCCAACAAGUGGUAAUUGGUACACCUCAGAGAUCUGCUGCACCAAAUACUAUCCUUGUAGGAAGUCCACAUACGCCUAACACACAUUUUGUAUCACAGAACCAGGCUUCAGACUCCUCACCUUGGUCGGCGGGGAAGCGCAAUAGAAAAGGAGAGAAGAAUGGCAAGGGAUUAAGACAUUUUUCCAUGAAGGUUUGUGAGAAGGUGCAGAGAAAAGGAACCACUUCAUAUAAUGAAGUGGCGGACGAGUUGGUCGCAGAGUUCAGUGCUGCUGAUAACCACAUUUUACCAAAUGAAUCAGCUUACGACCAGAAGAAUAUAAGACGGAGAGUCUAUGAUGCCUUAAAUGUCUUAAUGGCCAUGAAUAUUAUCUCAAAGGAGAAGAAGGAAAUAAAAUGGAUUGGUCUUCCAACUAACUCAGCUCAAGAGUGUCAGAAUUUAGAGGUAGAGAGGCAGAGAAGACUUGAGAGAAUAAAACAAAAGCAGUCUCAACUUCAAGAACUUAUUCUACAGCAAAUUGCCUUCAAGAAUUUGGUGCAGAGAAAUCGCCAAGCAGAGCAGCAAGCCAGCCGACCCCCCCCUUCUAACUCCGUCAUCCACCUCCCUUUUAUCAUUGUGAACACCAGCAAGAAGACGGUGAUCGACUGCAGUAUUUCUAACGACAAAUUUGAGUAUCUAUUUAAUUUCGACAACACGUUUGAAAUCCACGACGACAUAGAAAUAUUAAAGCGUAUGGGGAUGGCUUGUGGACUAGAAUCCGGAAGUUGUUCUGCGGAAGACCUAAAAAUGGCAAGAAGUUUGGUACCGAAAGCUCUGGAACCUUAUGUGACAGAAAUGGCUCAGGGAUCAAUCAGCAGUGUAUAUGUCACAUCAUCAUCAGGUUCAACUUCAAGUGGCACAAGGUUUUCUGCCAGUGAUUUUACCAAUGGUACAGAUGGAAUGUUGGCAACGAGUUCCAACGGCUCCCAGUACAGUGGCUCCCGAGUUGAAACUCCAGUGUCUUAUGUUGGGGAAGAUGAUGACGAUGAUGAUGACUUUAAUGAAAAUGAUGAUGAAGACUGAUUUCUUGGCGUGUAGACUUUUCCCUCCUUUCAAAUUCAGCUUCAGGAAUAAAUUGUUCUAGGGAAGAGAACUUUUUUUAAAAAAUGUGGAUUUUUAUUUUUAUUUUUGAUCCUACCCCUAAGGAAAUAUUGGUAAGCUAUUAAAUUUAGAGAGUGCGGCUCUGAUAAGCAAGCAAGGAUUGUUUUUCGUAGGAUUUUUAAAAUGUGGUGUGAAUGUGUGUUUUGAUACCAGUGUGCUAAUGCAGACCAUUUAUUUACUCGGUAGGAUUUUGUGUUUUGUUUUCUAAUAUUUUUUACUUGAAUGUCCAUUUUGCCCCCUAACAAUUUUUGCUGAAUUUGUUGAAGAAAUUGUACUUCAUCCACAUCAAUGAAAAUAAAAGGCUAUCCUUUUGUGGAAAAUGGUUCACUGAAUGGCCAUUUAUUUGAAGAGUGUUUUGAGUGGUGCCACUAUCUGACGGAUAGCAAGAUGAUGUGUUUUUAUUUUGCUAAAUCAUGCAAUGUCCAAAGAACCAAUCAAAAACAAGUUUCCCUUUUUUAAACAUUAAGCUCCAUAAAUGUUAUGAAUUUAUUUCCCUUAAAUUAUAUUUACUGUUGUAAUUCCAUCAAGUUUAUAUAAUUUUCCUCUCUAUGUUGGUAUGUAUGGAUUAAAAAGGUUUAAAAAAAAAGUUUUUGUUUGGCAAAAGUUUACUGCCAUGCUGGUGCAGCUAUAUAAAAUAUCUUGAAGGUUUGGAAUGAUUUAUUGCUUAUGUAAAAUUCGCCUGAUUUCUUACAGGCAGACUUUGGAAACUUUUUAUUAUAUAGUUGUUUACAUACUUAUAAGUCUAUCAGUUAAAGACAUAUACUGAAACAAAUGUUUGUAUUUGUUUCGUAAGCAUCUUCCUGUAAUCUAUUAUAAAGUUGAAAUUAAAUAUAGAAAAUGUUUUAACAGUUUUUUAACUCAAAAUUUGUCAAUCAUUUUUAAUAGUUCAUUUUUUUUAUUAAAAAAAGACAUUUCAGGCAGGUGGUGUAGUCUCUUUUUAAAAUUAUUCACAAAACAAAAUUAACUGCACAAAUGCUGUCAGCUGCCUGUUCAAAGACAAUAGCCUUUUUAUUGAAACACAAAUAAACUUUUCUGUAAUAUUUUAUGGAAUUUAAAGAGACUUUAAUUGUUUGACUUGUUUAACUUGGCACUGUUAGUUUUUAUUAAUAAAACGCGCAUGGGCAUUUUAAA